CGGUUGUUGUUUGGCCCUGUUGCGUCCGCGGACAGACGGUGGCAAGUGGACCGGUUUUGAAGCUAAGCUAAUUCAGUCAUAUUGCAGCUAGGUAUUUAGUGACUUUUUGUUUGGUUCCGCUCGCAGCACAGGCGCGUAUCUGUUUUCGAAAAAUCGGAGCUACCUGCGGGUAUUUUAUCCGCUGGGCUAAGACUGAAAACGGGGCAUUAAUUUGAGUAAAUCCAUUCUGUCCUGCUAGCUGAAUUGGCAGCGGGUUAGGCGCCAGUCGUGUUUGACAACAGCGCUAUUCGGUCACGUUCCCGGUGUUGUUGUUUCUAGCUGCUGAGUGAACGCGCUAAUUUCCGUUAGGUAAAAGCGGCAAAUUAAAAACCAUAAUAAGGGGAAAAAAAAAAAAAACAUAAAGAAAAACAAAGGCGAAAAGCUUAAGAUAGCUUUAAAAAAAAAAACAAAAGAAGAAAGUUAAACAUGGCAGAAUUCCUCGAAGAUCCGUCGGUUCUCACGAAAGAUAAGCUGAAGACUGAGCUCGCCGCCAACAAUGUGCCACUUCCCAGCGGAGAGCAUAAAAAAGAAGUGUAUGUGCAGCUGUAUCUGAAGAACUUAACCGUACUGAACAACAAGAACAGUCCGCCUGCAGACACUUUCUCCAGCGAUGAAGAGUUGCCUGCUCCCGUGGUGUCCAACAAAAGUCGAUCUGGAAGAAAAGCUACCAAAAAGACAGACAAGCCUCGUUCAGAGGAAGUGGAGGUGACAGAGCUCACCGAUGAAGAUUUAAAACAACAGCUGGCCAAACGUGGUGUGGAAUCGGGACCCAUUGUUGCCUCAACCCGUAAGUUGUAUGAGAAGAAGCUGCAGAAGCUUUUGGACCAGCCUCCCGCUGAACCUGAAGCUCCUGCAGACGUCACAGCUCUCCCCAAGGCAGACAGUAACCAGAAUGGAAACACAAAUUCUGACCAGUACAGCGACAAGGAAGAUGAGGAGGUUGUUGCCCCUGAACCAGAGCCAGUUCCUGUGGUAGAGAAGCCUGUGAGGAGCAGAGGGAAGGUCCCUGUUACCAUCAGAACCAGCAGCAGACGACAAACCAAGGUGGUGGAGGAAAUUGUUACCGAAGAAACACCUAAGAAGGCUAGUGACAGUGUUGUUGAAGAUAUCCUUGCCAAUGAAAUAAGCACACCAACAGGCAUCAGUGCGACCUGCAGGCGUCCGAUCCGAGGUGCAGCUGGCCGACCACUAAAACAAAGUGAAUACUGGCUGGAUGAGUCCCGUGUGCAGCACACUGUCCACACCGAGAGCCGCUCUUACUCGGAGUCGAUCUCCAGAGCGGGCAUCGGCGCCUCUUCAAGCAAAGCGCCAGUCCGGCGAGGUUUCCUGUCCGUGUUACUCAAGCUCCUGCUCCUUGUUGCGGUGGGUGGUUCCCUCUACUAUGGCUACCAGAACCUGGAUGCGGAUCAAAUCAACACCCUCAAAGGCCUCUGUGACAGCGUCAUCGUCCCCGUUCAGGGCGCUGUGAACAACGCGGCCACCUACCUGGGCUUAAGCAGCAGCAGUGCUACAGACAGCGCCGGCAAGUAAAGAACCUCAGCAGUCUCUCGCCAUUGCCGAUCCCACCUCCCUGCCGCCUGCCACAGCACACCACAACUCAAGCAGUACACUUGGCUCACCUCUUCUUCUUUUGACCUACAUGGUUGGACAAAGGACACAGAUUUAAUUGGAACGAUAAACUUUCUCCUCUCUGGACUCCAGCUUUCCUCCCACCACAAGAGGAAACAGUAGCUUCUGGAUAACCGUUUUGUGGCAGUCAGAAGAGACUCAUUUUAUUGAUGAUUUUAAUCUGUGAAUUGUUUGUGUCUAUGUGUGUAUUUAACCCCUCGUAUGUAGAAAGGAGUGCAGAAUGGAGAGGUCAGUUUAUCCAUGCAUGGUUGUAGUUUUUGAAGGUCAUACUGUAGUUUCUAACUCUCUGUGCCAGGUGUUUUUCUGAUGGUGAAGUGCCUGGACACUGUUAGCACUUAGUGCCCUCCCAUGUUAAAGCACAAAGCAGUGCUACUACUAACACCAGAAUGUCUACUUGUCUUUCUGUAUACAUUUCAAAAUUUGCUCUGUAGCUAUAGAGUUAGGUAGAGUGAUUUGUUAUUUCUAUGGUGCUCAGGUCAAUUCAGCUCAAACUUUUUAAUGUGGUCUGUGCUGGGAGGAGACACAUGGUGUAAUCAGGUCACGUCACUGCAUGAGGAAAAUCCGCCCACGUUCAGGUCAGAUAUCAAAUGUUUUUUUGUUUUUCUUUCAGUGGCUUGAAUCAUCGUAUAUGGGGCUUUUAUGAUUAUGACUGAAAUGAUUAUUCUGGUCACUGAGUUUUACUAUCAACGGAGGAAGAAGAUCAGUUGUAACUUUUUUAAAAUCCUCAUCAGUUUAUACACAAAAUUCUAAAGACACAACUUUUAAUCAUUGAUUAUCUACCAUUUAUUUGACAAUGGCUCCUUAAGGAAACUAAAAAUUACAGUGUUCGAUCAUAGAUUAUUGAUUCUGCCAGUGUGCCCAUACUGUGAGUUUACAUGCUUUGGGUUUUUAGUGGUCUGUUGUGCUUUUUAUUUUUUAUUUUUUUGAAUUAGAUUUCUAAUCCUUCAGUCCUAUAUGCAGGAUUGGCUGUUGCACUGCACCCACAUAGCCCACCUCACUGACUGCAUGUGUCCAGACACAUCUGCAAAGGAGACACAUGGAGAAAGUUCAUCCUUUUUGGGACAGUUAAUCAGUUUAUUCUCUUCAGAACUCUUGACUUCUUCUGCCUGUGCAAAUUACCACAAUUAAGACAACGAAAGUUACUCUGAAAGGGUUUGUUUACCCGCUGGGGCUGAGCAUGCAUUCACUGGAGGUGAUGUUGGGGGGUGGGAAGAUUUGUGGGGCAUCUUUGUUUCUAUUUUGAUAUUUUUCUAAAAGUGGUGUGUUCAGCUUUUUAUAGCACAUUUUAAGGUUACAUUUGAAAGCAAUAUGUAAUACAUGCAAGUGAUACUGUAUCUUAAUCUGAAUCUGACUUAACACAAGUGAUUCAUCAUCAGGCAGCUCCCACAAUGGACAGACAUGACAAGGGUUAUGUGGGUAAGGAUUUUUAAUCUGUUUAUUUAUGAUAAUGUAGGCAGUGUAUCAUAAAAUAAACUUUGCUGUAACAAGA